AUGAAGUUGGAGAAAUCAAUCAAUGGUGUUGCACCUCGAGCUAAGAUGAACCAGCAAAGGUCACGGCGUUUCAAGACUACUAAGGAUGCAGCUGAGGAGGUACUUACCAAUGAACAAUUUCUCUGUCCAUACAGUUUUGGAGUUAGUGGCGAGAUUCUUUCAACAUUUGAAAAUCUCCGAAGCUUGGAACAAUUGUGGGCAUCAGAUAAUGAGUUUACUGGCAAGAUUCCAUAUUUCAUAGGAAGUUGGUCAAAUCUUACUAACAUGGUAUUACAAGGAAAUUAUUUUCAAGGGCCUAUACCAUCAACAUUUGUGAAUCUGACUUAUUUAGUACAAUUCUUGUCAAGCAUGGAGGCUAUGCAGAAUGUUCUGGAACUCCUAAGUGACAUGCUACAGGCAGUAAAUCCACUAGACUCUGCGGCAGUAAAAGAUGAAGUGAUAGUUGAGCUUGUUAAUAGGUGCCGCACCAACAAGAAAAAGCUGAUGUAG